AUGACACCCACGCAAGUUAUCGCACUUAAUAACUGUGCUGUUGCUCUCAUAAAGCAACAGCACUACCGUGACGCUAUCGUCGCUGCCGCGUCCGCUUUGAAGCAGUAUCGCGAGUUCCAAAGAGCCCACCACCAAACUGAAGAAGUACAACAACAACGAGCCACCACAACGAAUUGUCAUGAGGGUGAUAGUAUCGACCAAUACAUGAUGCAAAGCGAUAUCAGCGAGCCUUCUUUCAAUGCUUCCACAGGAGAAUUCGUCUAUCAGAGAGGCAUUUUUAUUCCGCCUAAUGCCUACGAGACGAUCAACAUCGCAGCAAUCCUCAUCUUCAAUUCUGCUUUGUCACACCAACUUUUGGCAAGACAGCACCCGAAAACCCCCGUACCUCAAAGCAUCCUUCUCAAAGCACAGCGACUUUAUCAGCUUGCUUAUGAUCUACAAGACAACGAAGACAAUAUUCUCUUCAAGUUUGCUGUCAUCAACAAUACUGCGGUUAUUUACAGGGCUGUCGGCAAUCAUACAAUGUCGAAAGAAUGCCUUGACUUUCUUGUAUCUUUGCUGAUGAUGUUUGUCGAUCGCGGGUGCAGUGUGCAACUUCAGCACGUGCGAGGCUUCCUCGCCAAUCUGGAUUCAAAUACGCAAUCAGCGCCCGCUGCAUGA